AUGAUAGACUUUGAAAGAUACCUACACUUGAUGUUGGAUAAGGGAAAAUAUUAUUCCGUUUUCGAAAAUAUUCUAAUUUAUUACAUUUUUAAGAGAUAUAUUAAAACAUUUUUCUUUACUCAUUCAAAUAAUUAUAACAUUGAGAUAUGUUCUUGUAACGAAUUAAGUUUAAAUAAUUUGAUUUUUUCAAACUUGAUAAAUUUUGAUUUUAUUGUAGAUUAUGAAAACAAGCAUUUAGUGACAUUUUUCUCACGUAUUAUAUUAGGGGAAACAACUAACAAAAAUAAUAAAACUAAUUUUCAAAAAUAUUGUGAAAUAAAAAAAAAAAAAAAAAAAAUAGCUAGGUAUCUAGCCAAAUGGAAUGUUAACCUUUUGAAAAUACUUCAUUAUUAUUACAUGUCAGAAAAUAAGAGUGAAAAGAAAUUUGAAAAAAAAACUGAUAAACAAAUCAAUGAUUUUUUUCAUGUAUUUGGGACAUAUAUCAUAGCAUUGUUACAUUUCGAAAAUAAAAUUAUCAAAACAAAAGACAAACCAUUGUUUUUAUUUUUGUUUCUUUUAUUGUUUACGAAAAAGGCUAAUGAAAAAAAACAAGACAAAAAAUACAUAAUUAUAAAAAAAAGUCAAAAACAAAAUAUCUCAGUUUCUGAUGAAGGAGAAACUUUUUAUGAAUAUAUUAAUAAUGGAUAUUUUCAAAAUAUAAAAUAUAGUUCUAUAAAUAAGUUAGUAGACAAUCAUUUACAUCAUGUAUACAUAUUUGACGACCAAUAUAACACAAAUAUUGUUGAAAAUGGAAAAGAACAAAUAAAAUGUGAUCAUGUGUGUGGAGAAAAAAAAAAAAAAAAAAAAAAAAUUAUUGUUUUAUGUAAAAAGUCUUUAUUAUUUUUAAGUAAAAUAUGCUUAGAUUAUUUAAAAAGAAUAAAUUAUAAAAUAUAUGAAAAACCUCAUUUAGUAUUUACAAAAGAGAAUAAUGACCCUUUAAGUUUUAUCAGAAUAAAAAAGGAGAACUCCUUAUUUAGUAAUUAUAUUCCAUUAAUAAGUUACAUAAAAAAUAUAAAAAAAUCAAAUAUAAUAUUUAAAAUUUUAUUGCUAAAAAUAUUUCAUAAGGACAAAUUUAUUAAGACAGUUUCAAGAAAAAUUAUUGAUUGUCCUAUAUUUUUUAAAAAGUAUUUAACUCUCUUUUAUUUUAAGUUUGUUUAUCAUAAUUCUGAACAAAUAAAUAUAACCAAUAUUCCAAUUUUUUCACAAUAUUUUAAAAUAUUAAAAUCGAUAAAUAAAUAUAAAAAUAUAAAACCUUUGUCCUUUCAAAUGUGCAGUGAACAUUCUGAAACAAACUUUUAUAGAUUGUUGUAUAAAUAUAAAAUAAAAGAUAUAAAUAAAUAUGCUAACAAUAAUACUAAAGACAAAAAUGAAAAAUAUAUUCUCUUUACAAUAACAUGUGCAUAUAUAUGCCUCAUACUCAAUAACAAUUAUUAUAACUUAUACUUUUUAUUUAUUAUAAUUCUUUUAAAAAGUGGGGAUUCAAAACUUCAUGAUAAAAUAAAUUAUUUUAUAAAUCAAUUAAUAGAAAUCGAUCCCAGUAAUCAAUAUUUAUGGAAUGUGAAAAAUAUGCUUUUUUAUAUAUACAUACAAAAAUGUAUAAAGAAAUAUAUAUAUCUUACUUACAUCUAUGAAUGGAAACAAAAUGAUAUGGACAUUUUCUUACCUCAAUAUUUUAUAUGCACAAAUAAUGUAAAAAAAGACAUUAAAAAGGGCAUCGUGAAAAAAUAUUCUGAAAUUGAAAGUUUUCAAAAUGAUUCGUUUGACAACAUUAAUAAUUACCAAAGAAUACAAAAAGGAAUAUGGAAAAAACAAAAAACAUACAUAAAAGGAAAACCAAUUAUUAAAUCAUUACUAUUCUAUAAACAGUCUUCUCACAACCGUAAACAUAUAAUUGAAAAAAAGUGUAAAAAUAAAAAGAGCGAAAAAAAUACACUUACUUAUUUUAAUAAAAAAAAUUUUAAAUAUAUAAAGAAAAAUUUUAAUUUGUUUUUUAAAAUUUUGGAGAAAAAAACAUAUAAUUAUAUGGCAGCUUCACACAUUUUUAUUUUUUACAACAGCUUUUAUUUUUUUCCCUCUAAGGAAACUAUGCUUUUAAAAAAUAAAAUAAUCCCCCAAAAUUAUAAAAAUAUUUUGUACAAAAAUAUUUAUUAUUAUGCAAUUCAUAAUUCCUAUCUUUUAUUUUGCAUAAAAAAUUUAUAUCAAGAUAUUAUUGCUUAUUUAAGAAAAAUUUUUUUUGUGAUAAUACGAAAAAAUGUCUUCGUAUAUAAUUGUAGCUUUCCUAUUGUUCAGAAAGAAUGUUUGUAUUGCACAAAAAAAAUAAGCAACCAUAUAAAUGGCUAUAAAGAUUGUACAAAUCGUACAAAUUAUGCAAAUUAUACAAAUCGUACAAAUUAUGCAAAUACUGAAAGUAUUAGUUAUCAAGACACAAAAAUAAAAAAAAAAUUCAAACCCUACGAUACUCAUUUGUUAUCAUUUUCUUCCAGUGUUGAUAAAAAAGACAACCCACUCAUUCAAAACUAUAAUAUUGCUGACCUUUUUUAUUUUUCUUUUUGUAUUAAUUGUAGAAAUAAAUUUUCCCACAACACUGAAAAAUUAAAAAACGCUCUUUUAUUUAAGAAAGAUCAAAGAGAAAAUACACACACGUGUGCAAAUAAAAGUCCAGAAUAUAUACAUGUAAAAAAUAUUUAUUUCGACUUUUAUUUAAUCAAAAAUGGCGACAAUAUAAAAAAAGAUAUCAUAAUUUCGACAUCCCUUUUUUUGUUUAAAAAAAUAAGCUUGUUUUUAAAAAAUUACAAAAAUUUCUCAAAAAAUAUUAUUCAAUUAUUAAGUGCUUAUUAUGGAGAAUUGUGGUAUUUACAUUUUUAUGCUAAUGGAUUAAGAAGCGUUUUAUAUUGCAUGCGUAAUUGUAAUUUGGUAUUUCUUGAAUUAUUUUAUAAUUUAAUUUUGCCACUAUUAUUUUGGGGAAAAAAAAAUUACACAAAUAUAAAUGAAGAACCACACACAUAUUUUUCUUAUCAACAAGCCAAAAAUGAGAUAAAAAAAAAUAAAAACUUGGAUAAAAUAAUUUUCAAUUUUUUUUUCAAAUUAGACAUUCAUUAUAAUAAUCAACUAAAGUUUUUCAAAAAAUAUUACACAAAUUUUAGGGCAAAUUUUGAAGGUAAAAAAAGACAAAAUAAAACACAUACUAUUAUAAAACAAAUCAAUAAAAUAUUUAAAUUUUAUUUAAGUGGCGACAAGCCAUUUUAUUUUUACCAAGGAAAAAAAAAAAAAAAAAAAAAAAAAAAAUGGAUAACUACCCAUUUUUAUAUUUCGUCCGUUGAUAUGUAUAAUUUACACACGGACAUUAGUACAACAAUUUUAAAUGCUUAUAAAAAAAUGGAAAAAAAAAAAAGUGAGCAAAAAAAAUAUGAACAAAAAUUUAGGCAAAACAUAACUAGCCAAACAAAAGGUUAUUAUUCAAUAUUUUUUAAAUCUAUAAUCAAUUUAAUUUAUGAACAUUCAUUACAUAUAUAUAGAAUGUUUAAAAAAUAUGACAUUACUGAAAAUAGUAUAUCGUUUUACAAUAACAAUGAAAUAAAUAAUAUAAAUUUCAAUAAUAUGAAUAAUAUAAAUUUCAAUAAUAUGAAUAAUAUAAAUUUCAAUAAUAUAAAUAAUUGUAGUAUUGGAAAAUAUAAUAACAUGAUAAAAUGUGUGAAAAAAAACAUUUUCGAAAAUAACCAAUUUAGUUAUACAACUCGAAAUAGUAUACUAAAUAAUUUGGUUAUUACAUAUAACGAAAUAAAUAAUUAUAAAUUUGAUUUAAAAAAAUCUUUUCCUUUAUUUUACAAAAUUUAUAGAGAUAUAUAUAUUUUUUUUAAAAUUAUGAAAAAAAAUAAUUUCACUUUAUUUUAUGUCUUAAAAAAUUAUUCCUAUUUAUCCAAAAAAAUUAUAAAAAAAAAAAUAUAUUUUUUAAAAUUUCUUUUUUCACAUUAUUUUAUUUUAUUCUUAUGUGAACAUAAAUAUGUUUUUUAUUUGUUAAAAAAAAUAUACAAAAUGUUGAAAUAUGUCUUUUUUAAAAAAUAA